AUGUACUCCACUGCUCGCUCAGACACCCUAUUUUUGGGCGGAGAGAAAGUCAGCGGCGAUGAUAUCAGAAAUCAAAACGUCAUGGCCGCACUUUCCGUUGCCAACGUUGUGAAAUCGUCUCUUGGUCCCGUCGGCUUGGACAAGAUGCUAGUAGAUGAUAUUGGAGAUGUUACUGUCACCAACGACGGUGCCACUAUUUUGUCUCUUUUAGACGUCCAGCAUCCAGCAGGAAAGAUUUUGGUGGACUUGGCCCAGCAGCAGGAUCGUGAGGUGGGAGACGGUACCACCUCGGUGGUGAUCUUUGCAUCGGAGUUGUUGAAGAGAGCCAACGAAUUGGUAAGGAAUCAAGUGCAUCCGACUACCAUCAUUACUGGUUAUAGACUAGCUUUACGUGAAGCUGUGCGUUACGUGAAUGAGGUGCUCUCGCAAUCAGUUAAUGAUUUGGGUAAGGAAACGUUGGUGAGCAUCGCUAGGACAUCCAUGUCAUCCAAGAUCAUUGGUGCUGACUCCGAAUUCUUCGCUAACAUGGUUGUGGACGCCAUGUUGGCAGUAAAAACGACGUCUCCAAAGGGAGAAACAAAAUACCCUGUGAAGGCCGUCAACAUCCUCAAAGCUCACGGUAAGUCCUCCACCGAGUCUAUGCUAGUGGAUGGUUACGCUCUUAAUUGUACAGUUGCCUCGCAGGCUAUGAACAAGUCGAUAAAAAAUGCCCGUAUUGCAUGUUUGGAUAUCAACUUGCAGAAGGCACGGAUGGCGAUGGGGGUCCAGAUCAACAUUGAGGACCCAAACCAGUUGGAGGAGAUAAGGAAACGUGAGUAUGGCAUCAUCAUCGAGCGUAUCAAGAAAAUCAUCAACGCUGGCGCCAACGUUGUGCUCACUACCAAGGGUAUCGACGACCUUUGCUUAAAAGAGUUCGUCGAGGUCGGUGCUAUUGCUGUGAGAAGGUGUAAGAAAGAAGACUUGCGCAGAAUUGCUCGUGCCACCGGCGCCACUCUCGUUGGCAAUUUGUCCAACUUGGAAGGCGAAGAAGUCUUUGAGUCGUCGUACUUGGGUUAUGCUGAUGAGGUUGUACAAACAAGAAUCAGUGACGAUGAAUGCAUAUUGGUGAAGGGAACAAAGCAGCAUUCCUCUUCGUCCAUAAUCUUACGUGGUCCUAACGAAUACUCCUUAGAUGAGAUGGAAAGAUCCAUUCACGACUCGUUGUGUGUGGUGAAGAGAACGUUGGAAGGUGGUAACGUGGUUCCCGGAGGCGGUGCAGUUGAAGCUGCAUUGAACAUAUACUUGGAGAAUUUUGCCACGACGGUGGGGUCCAGAGAACAGCUCGCAAUUGCAGAAUUCGCCAAUGCCCUAUUAGUCAUUCCAAAGACUUUGGCUGUAAACGCCGCAAAGGACUCAUCUGACUUGAUCGCCAAGUUGAGAACAUACCACGCAGCUUCACAAACAGCGAUGCCCUCGGACAUGAAGAGAAAGAAGUACAAGAACUACGGAUUGGACUUGAUCAACGGAAAGAUUGUGAAUGAGACUCUACACGGCGUUUUGGAGCCCACUGUUUCCAAGAUCAGGUCAUUGAAGUCAGCCUUGGAGGCGUGCAUUUCUAUUUUGAGAAUCGACACAAUGAUCACGGUGACUCCUGACCCACCCAAGGAAGAUCCUCACCAGCACUAA